GUGGUUUGACGAUGACUUCAGAAGGAUACGUUGACCCAACGGCUCUCUUGCAAGAACUGCAGGAUGAUUUGAUAGAUCAAGAAAUGAAAGAUUCAAGUGGCAAGUUGAAUCCUUCUGCACCUGUAAAGUCAAAAGAAGUGGUGUUACACACUGCUACUUCAGUAGCGUCUCCACGAAACAACAAAGAGUGCAAACCUUCGUCUGAAGAGACCUCCAAAGCAGAAAAGAGGACCGCAAGCACUUCAAAUGGCGUUAACAUGACAUCAUCUUCAAGUAUUUGUGAAAACACAUCCAAAGAGGGAAACAAUGAGCAUGUUAGGAGGACCAAAAGGCGUAAAAUUAUGAAGUAUUUAUGCUUCUUGGCAUUCUAAGUAGUCUCUUGCAUAACAAGAAAUGUUUCUUGAGAUAGAAGAAACCAUGAGGGUUGCUAAAUGAGGUGAGUUUUCAUUUGUCUUGUAAGAUAACACGUGAAUAGUGUAAUGGUAUGUGUAACACUUGUACAAUGGUGAUUUCAUAUUUACUCGUCUUGUUUAAAACAUGUUUUGUACUCGAUAUUGUAUAAUAUAAUUGUGUUGUAAGAUAACAUGUGGAUAGUGUCAAUGGGUAUGUAUAACACUUGUUCAGUUGUGAUUUCA